AUGCCGUCAAAGAGAAAGAGGAAGAAGGAAGAGCCGUCGUCUCCGACGCAGACGCAGCAAUCGAGCCCGUUUCUGUCGCUUCCCUAUGAUUUGCUGUUAGACUGCGUGGCACGCGUCUCAAGGUUGUACUACCCGACUCUCUCCCUCGUCUGCAAGAGAUUUCGAUCUCUCCUUGCUUCACCGGAGCUUUACAAAGCCCGGUCACUCUCGGGCAACACCGAGAGAUGCCUCUACGUGUGCAUACGGCGGCACAGUAUUGAUAGUCGGUGGUACACCCUCUGGCGCAAACCUGAUAAAACCCUAAACAAAGACGACACCAAGUCAAAGCCAACUGACUAUGCUUUGGCCAGAGUCCCAUUUCCCGAAUCUACACAAUCUAGCUUUGAGGGUCUCGUGGCGGUUGGUUCUAGUAUCUACCAAAUCGCUCAAUCGGCGGGAAACUAUAGCGUCUCAGUUCUGGAUUGCCGGUCUCACACUUGCCGCGAGGCUCCAAGCUACCCGGUGAAGCUAUGGACACGUUCUGCUAGCGUCGUCGAUCAAAAGAUAUAUGUACCUGGACGUGUUCCGAGUUUUGUAGAUGGCGAUUCCGUUUGCAACAUGUUCCACGUGUUGGACACGGAAACUCAAGUUUGGGAUCCUCUGCCUCCGCCUCGCAUCCCUUGCAAAGGAGGUAAGUAUAGCGUCUUCGGAACGGCAUGUAUUGACGGGAAGUUCCACGCGAUGACUAGCUCAGAUGUGGACGCUGCUUACAAUUCCAAGGAAGGUAGAUGGGACGUGUUUAGUUCGGGGAUGAGCGACUAUAUGAUUGAUGACUCUUAUUGCGUGAUAGGGAAUGUUUUGUACUCUGCUUCCCGGGGAAAGUUUAGAUGGUAUGACCGUGAGGUACACGAGUGGAGAGGUUUGAAUGGUUUGGUUGGGCUACCAAAGUUGGGUCAUGAGCAUGAGAUUAGAUUGGCUGAUUAUGGUGGUAACAUGGUGGUUUUCUGGAACCAGUAUCUAUACAGGAUGAGCAAGAUUUGGUGCGCCGAGGUUUCGCUUGAAAGACGACGCGAAAGCUGUGGAAUCUGGGGGAAAGUUGAGUGGUUAGAUCAAGUGGGCAUACUCCCUGCGGAAGUUGAUCUCAUCAAGGUUCUUGCUCUUACUGUCUAA